AUGGCUUCCGUUGCAGUGUCUCUCCUUACCGGCCACUUCUGGCCAUCACACUCAGCAUGCCGACCUUCUUCAACCUCUUGGCCGGUCAUUCUGACGUUGUUCGCACUCUCUGUAUCCCAUGUGCUCGCCGUCCCUGCUGCACCUGUCGAAACGCUGGUCCUCGAUAGACGUGCCCCUUUCCGAGAUGCUUCAGGAUGGCACAUGCUUUCAGAGCACGAUCUUGCAUGGCACAAGUUUAGACAGCGUGCCGAGGAGGGGGAAAUUGAGACCGCCACGGCAACGUCAAGCACCGCAUCUGUGACAUCGACAUUCUCUAUUGCUCUCGGCACUGUUAAGCCGACAACCACGACUUCGAUUUCGACUUCGACUUCAAUCCCCGCUCCAAGCUCCCUACCAACCAUCUUCGACACUCUUGCUGUCAACUGGGUCCCUGCUGAUGAUGGUGGGACUCCUCCGUGCAUGGAGUUUAUCAAUUCCUUCAUGGCCGAUCCAACAUUCCAGGAGUGCUAUCCGUUGUCAAUGCUGAUGCAUAGCUCCCGGUCAUUCUUUGAGGCCCAGAGAUCUAUGGUGGGCAUAACUCGUACCCUGGAUGCCACAUGCGCUGCAAAUGCGACUGCCUGCGCCAAGUUUAUGACGAAUUUGUCCAAAAAUCUGAUCGCGAGUGAAAACUGCGGCGCCGAGUUCCAGGCCAACGAUCCCGCCAUUAUUGAUGCCUACAACGCGAUGAGAGCUUAUCUUCCCAUCUACAGUGCAGGCUGUCUGCGCGAUCCUGAAACCAACGCCUACUGCUAUGCCAGUGCCGUCACCAACAUGACUAGCCCAGCAAACACCUACGUAUAUUUCCUUCCUCUUAACCGGUCCCUGCCCGGCUCCUCGAUUCCCGCUUGCAACUGGUGUCUGCAGCAAACCAUGGCCAUUUACCAAGACGCCACGGCCGACCGUAACCAGCUGAUCUCGUUGACCUAUGUUUCUGCUGCCAAGCAGAUCAACACUAAUUGCGGUCCAACAUUUGUGAACGAAUCGCUUGCCGAGGAGAUAACAAGCAUUGCUCAUCGCGUCUUAACCGAUAUGAAUUUUGUCUCGCUGAGCACGAUCAUGUCUGCAGUCGUGGUGGUUUUAUGGCUGAUAUAA